AUGGCGCUGUCCGUCGUGUACGCUCCUAACGAUGUAAUAACACCAGCUACCGUCGACAUCGUGGCCGUCCAUGGCCUCGGCGGUGAUGCCAUCGACACCUGGACGCACCCGAGAUCGAAAGCGUUCUGGCUGAAAGAUUUCCUCCCGCCACUCGUCCCUGAUGCUCGCAUUAUGACCUUCGGUUACAACGCCGCUGCCGCAUUUGGACAGUCAACCGCGGAGGUGAUUGACCAUGCGAAAAGCCUGCUGAGUAGUUUGGUGGAUAAGAGAGAGGAGCCCGAGGAGGUUCAGCGCCCCCUGAUUUUUAUCGCACACUCGCUCGGUGGCAUCGUGGUGAAACAAGCUCUGCUCCAAGCCCGGCUGGAGCCGCUGUACGAGUCGAUCAAGGAGGCGACGCUGGGCCUCAUCUUCCUGGGCACGCCUCAUCGGGGUAGCGACAAGGCGACGUAUGGCAAAGUACUGGCGAACGUCGCCCAGUUUGUGAGCCAUCGACCCCCCGCGCGCCUAUUGACGGCCCUCCAAACGAAUUCGGACGUCUUGCUGCGGUUGACGAGUGAUUUCAAGUUUCAGCUCCCCGACUAUCAGGUUUACAGCUUUUAUGAGCAGCGACCGAUGAAAGGUCUUUCGAGUCUAAUCGUGGAAAAGUAUUCCGCUUUACUUGAAGUGGCCCACGAAGAACAGAUCCCGGUAGACGCCGACCAUAGUGCGAUGUGCAAGUUCGACAUAGAGGAGGAUCCUACCUUCGAGAAGGUGUACAAGAGGGUGAAGAGAAUAAGGAAGGAUCCACAGACCGUCACAGGUGGUAAUCCGCGUUUCAAGAACACACACUUUGACGUCCCUCAUCUAUUGAGCCCGGCCUUUACUGGACGUGAUGAGGAUCUUCGGUGCCUCACCGCGUCGUUCGCUGCGAGAUCACCGUCGCAGACCGGCUCUCAACGGCGGUUUGUAUUCUUUGGGCUGGGAGGCUCGGGCAAGACGCAGAUCUGUCUCAAAUACAUUCAAGAUCAGCGGGAGAGAUACUGGGGUAUAUUCUGGGUAGACGCUAGCACCGACGAAUACAUCCAACGGUCCUUCGCCCAAUUUGCCCGCAUACUCCAGGUAGACGAGAAUAUCGACAGCGUCAAAAGGAAACUCGCCAAUAGCGCGGAAGCCUGGCUUCUCGUGUUCGACAACGCCGACGAUCCUAAUCUCGGUCUUGCCCCCUACCUCCCGGCGGGAAAUCGAGGCGACAUCAUCAUCACUAGUCGUAAUCCCCAAUGUCAACACUACAAUACAGUGGGAUAUCGGGAAGUAGGUCAACUACCGCUACCUGAUUCCAUCUCGCUCCUCGACAAGACUAUCUAUGGAACGGAAAAUCCGCCGGAGGGAGCCACGGACACGAGUAAGAAGAUUGUCGAGGCUCUAGGCCGUCUCGCGCUCGCCAUUGUCCAGGCCGGCGCUUUCAUUCGCGAGACCGCAUGUUCGCAUCGCGAGUAUCUAGAAAUUUACCAGCGUCGCCAAAAAGAUCUCCUUCUGCGUCACCCGACCCACGCUGGCACGGACUACCAAUACAGCGUAUACGCGACAUGGCAAGUAUCGGUGGACAUGAUCGCGUCGAGGCACGGCCGGGUGGGUGAUCAUACUCUGCGGUUGUUGGAUCUUCUGGGGUUCUACCACCGUGACCAAAUUCCUAUUCAGAUGUUUUACUACGCCGGAGAUCAAUCGCGGACGGCCCGGGUCCCCGAAGGGGUACCGUGGCGCGACAUGAUUUCGGACCUCUCUGACUAUCGGCAAGCGGUGCGAGCAUCCAUGAGCUUACUGGCAUCGUUUUCGUUGAUCACGAGAAACGCAGACUCGUCCGUCUCUCUCCAUCUUCUCGUUCACGAGUGGUGUCGGGACCGUCAGUCGGAUGAAGAGCGACAGGUCAACUACCGAAGGGCCGUGUCGCUGUUGGCUCGGUCCGUAAAGAGCUCCUUCGGGUGCCGGAUGCGGAGAACGCGUUGA